CAGUCAAUGAAACUAGAAUUUCACUUCUAUGCAUUCAAAGCUAGAACUACUUAGAAUAAGUUUGAAAGCUAUAAAUAUUAGCCUAGAUACUUUAAUUCCUGAAAAAUUUGAAUUAAUAACACGUCGCAAAGGUUGGGAAAGAGUUAUGAAAAGUAUUGAUGCAUCAUUGGAUUUUGGAUACAUUCCUAUAAAGAUUAAUUGUGUCGUAAUAAAAGGUAUUAAUGAAGAUGAAUUAUGUGAUUUUGUAUAUUUAACUAAAAAUAAAAAAAUUGAUGUCAGAUUUAUUGAAUAUAUGCCUUUUGAUGGAAAUAAAUGGAAUGAUAAAAAAAUGAUAUCCUAUUUUCAAAUGUUAAAUGAUAUAAGAAAAUCAUUUCCUACUGUAGAAAGAUUAAAAGAUGGGCCAAAUGACACCUCUAAGGCCUAUAAAAUUUCUGGUUGGAUGGGGCAAUUUGGAUUUAUUUCAUCAAUGACUGAAAAUUUCUGUGGUUCUUGCAAUAGGAUUCGUCUCACAGCUGAUGGGAAUUUAAAGGUCUGUUUAUUUGGUCCAAAUGAAAUAUCAUUAAGAGAUGCUUUGCGUUCAGGUAUAUCUGAGAAUGAUUUGAUUGACAUCAUUAAAAGUGCUUUGAUAAAAAAGAAAAAACAGCAUGCAGCUUUAUGUCAUUCAGUUCAACCAACCCCAAUGCAGAAAAUUCAUCAUGAAACACUUCAUUUAGAAAAGUGUUCAGUUUCGUUGAUACAUUUUCAUGAUUAUUGGAAAGAACUUGAUUUUUAUAUCAAAGAAAUAAAAUUUAUUUUUAAAGAUGGUUUGAAAACUAAUAUGAAAAAAUGUUUCAAAAUAUCUAAGAUUUUUCCAAAAGAAACUGUGAAAAGAAAAAUUAAUACAAUGUCUUAUUUGAAUUUGGUAACUGAACAAUUUAUAAGUUAUAAGUAUUUUGUAAGAAAUAUAUGCACAACUGAUAAAAUAGAAAAACUAACACAUGUUGAUGAACAAGGAAAAGCAAAUAUGGUUGAUAUCAGUAAUAAAUCUGAAAGUAUACGAAUAGCCAUUGCAGAAGGAAGAGUAUGUUUAGGUAAUGAUGCUUUUAAAUUAGUAAAAGAGAAUAAAAUGAAAAAAGGUGAUGUUUUAUCAACAUCUCAAAUUGCUGGAAUUAUGGGAGCAAAGAUGACUUCACAACUUAUUCCACUUUGCCAUAAUAUACCUGUUAAUAAAAUUGAUAUUGAAUUUUAUUUGGAAUCACAUACUAAUGAAAUAAUAAUAAAAGCAAUGGCAAAAUCUGAAGCAAAAACUGGUGUAGAAAUGGAAGCUCUGACAGCAGUUUCAAUAGCUGCUCUUACAGUUUAUGAUAUGUGCAAAGCUGUAAGUCAUAAUAUUGUGAUUAAAAGUAUACAGUUAAUUGAGAAAACUGGAGGAAAGAAAGAUUUUAAGAGAAGUGAAUAAAAAGUUGCAAUUUUUUGUAAAUUAAACUUUUGUUUCUGAAAUUCUUUUUAAUAUUAAUAUUAAAAAAUACAUUUAUAAUAUAAAUAA